AUGAGCAAAUUAUCAUUUGGUAAAAAGAAAAAACUUACCCGAGAUCUGAAAGAUUAUGCCAAUAAAUGUGCAUACCCUCGAUUGCCUGCACAAGCACAACUAAUACAUGGGCAAAACGUGAACGAAGGUUCACUGAAUGUUCAAUCUAACCAACAAAAUGUUAAUAAUGCAUCUAAUGGAUCUAGUGAUCAUAGACAGGCUUUAAGGAGAAGCCCAAGACUAAAUAGCGGCCAAAACCAAAACAAUUAUAAUAAUCAACAGGACAAUGAUAAUAACAUCAAUAGUUGUCCUGAAUUGCCAAACAAUCAAAAUCAACAGGAUUUUCACUCAACCAACAACCCCAGAGUCCAGAGUCGAUAUCAACUUUGA